CAAUUAAUAUUCUCUUUUUAUAUAUAUAUCAUUUCAGGUAUAGUCAUCCGGGAAGGGGGUGCCGCCCGUGCAGCUGCUACCGCCACCAAUGCUGCCAACAUUGCGGGCGCCCCACUGAAUGUCGUUGCUGAAGAAGUGAACCAACAGCAGCAGGGCUUCAAAAGAGAGGCAGACGAGUACAUGCUGAUAGCCAAUAUCACCCGAAUCUUGCGGCGCGUCCUCCCCACCCAUGCCAAAAUCGCAGACGAUGCCAAGGAAGCUAUCCAGGAAUGCGUCUCAGAGUUCAUCAGCUUUAUCACCACCGAGGCAAACCGGCGGUGCCGCCGUGACUACAGGAGAACAGUCACACCGGAGGACGUGCUGGCAGCAAUGGCCUCUCUAGGUUUCGACGACUAUUUGGAGUCGCUCACAGUUUUCCUCAACAACCACCGCACGCAGCAGGACCCCGAGCGUGGCUCUAGGAAUCAAAUAUCGCAGAUUGUUAGGCGAGAUGGCGGCGUCGGAGUUGGCUUCCUUCACCACCAGCAACCGCAAGGUGCUCCCACGAUGCGCCCGCCGCCACCACCACCACUGGCGGCACCAACAAUGGGGUAUUAUGUCCCCGUACCGCCACCUGUUGCUGCUCCAAUUGAAGACGAGGAAGAAUUUGGUGGGCUGCCGAAGGUAACAAAUGAAUUUGGUGGUGGAGAAGAGUUUGACCCGUUUCAGUAGUUUAAUUUGAAGUAGUAGAGUACUAUGAUUUAUGAUAAAAUGCACUGAAAACCCACAAACAAUAAUUAAAAGCUUUUUUCU